AUAUCUAUUUAAAAAUUUUAUAGACAAUAUGGUAUGCAUGUCAUAAAUGGAAGAAGCCAUAAAGGAAAAUAGUGUUAACAGCUUUGAUAUCAAGUUUAAAGAUAAUAAGAAUGCAUAUUAUGCAGGUGAUACAAUUGAUGGAAGUGUUGAUUUAAACUUGCGCUCACAAAUUGAACUCCAUGGCAUACGUAUACAAUUUCGUGGAGAAUCAUUUGUUUGCUGGCAAAAUCAAAAAGUUCAGGGGAUUUAUGAGAAUGUCAGUAGCCAUAAGAGCUUUUGGAAUCAAACAUUCACAGCAUGGGGAAGCUCUAUGCAUGAAGAAACAUCUGCUGUUUUACCUUCCGGUCAUCAUACUUUCCAUUUCUCUGUGCAAAUACCGGUAAAUAACAUUCCGUCAUCCUUUGAAAAUAAAUAUGGAACAAUCAGAUAUUGGGCAAAGGCUUACAUUGAUCGUAGCUUUUGUGAAGAAAGUCGAGUGAAACCGCUCACUGUUUUGCAAUUGAUUGAUAUAAAUUCUAAAAAAUAUCAGAGUAAGGUCUCAAAUGAUGCUGAAAAAACAACAUGCUGUUUUUGCUUCAAACCAAGUUCUUUAUCUCUGGCUGCAAGUAUAGAUCGCAGUGGAUAUUGUCCUGGUGAAUCUAUUGCAGUGAAUUGUCGAGCAAGAAAUCGAGCAAGAAGAGAUAUGGGAGGAAUAAAAGCCAGACUGAUCCAAAAAGUAAUUUACCAUGCAGAUAAACAUUACAAAAUGCAAGAAACAAUAUUGAGUGCGAUUGGUGGCAACAAAAUAGAGAGGGGAAGGACGAAGGUGUGGGAGAAUCAGAUGUUAAAAAUUCCUGCUAUUCCUCCCUCCAUCGAUAUUGCUUCUAACCUUGCUGUGUUCUAUAAAGUGCAGAUAACGAUGGUGGUACCCAAUGGCGUUGACUUGCAAUUUCAACUACCAAUCACAAUCGGUACAAUUCCAUUAAGUCCUGUUACUGAAUUAAAAAAAAAAGUUAAACUGAAAAAGUGUACAGACGGCACAUGCUGUUUCAAUCACGCCAGCGAAACUUACAACUUUCCUUUACAAGCUUUCAUACCGUCCACAGCGUUUGUCGAUAAUUACAUAUUCAUGCCGAAACGUUCAUCUUUUACAGAGGAUAUGAUUCCUCGUAGCACACCAAAAGAACGCAAGAGAAAAGACGGUGAUGAAAAACAACCGCUACUUUGUCCGAGAAACACUUACACGUCCUGACAGAAAACUAAAUAACGCCAUAUUUGUUGCUUUGUGGCGACGCCCUGCGUCACUGGUAUUAGAGUUACCUUAUUUCGGGAAGAGGUUUUUCAAAUCUUUGGAAGUGAAUUUGAACGGUUUCACGAACGUUUUUAUGUUCUUGUUUUUAUUUAUUUUCAACAAAUCGUGGUUUUACAUAAAAUGCAAUCAUGCAAGUUUUAUGGGCAUAGAUUGUGCCUUUUAUUUUUGAUCACUAAUAUAAAUAACAUACAAGAUCUAAUCAAAGUUUAAAGUUAAAAUAAAGAGAAAAUUCACAAAAAGAACAGUUGAAAGUCUCCAAUGUUCGCUGGGAUAAUAAAGAAAUUCAAAAUUAAAACAAAAAACAAUAGACUUGUGUUAGCAAGAAGACUCUUGCAUCUUUGUUGUUUGAAAAAAUUUAGACCUAGUCUCGUGUCUUACUUUUAAAAGGUUUAAAACUUUUAUCUGUUUACAUCAUUAUAUGCUGAGAAGCUUACUUUGCAGUUUUUAACACUGUUUGGUUUACCAUUUUUAGAAAUUACACAUUGGAGUGUUGCUAUAUUUCAAGAUGGUAUCUCAGUUACGGGAUAUCUUUUUUAAUAAUUUUUCUUAAUAAUUUGUGGGUCGUUUGUUACGUUAGUCCGUGUUGGUGGUAAUCGAUUAAAAAAAACUUUUAUGGAAAAAUAUACAGCAGCGUCGUCAUCCAUUUUUUGAAAGUACGUCAUUUAAAAGUGCCGUGUAAAAGAGCCGACAUUGUUUA